CUUUUCCUAACAUGCAUUCUUAAUCUUCAUCUUCUUUUCUUUUCUUUUCCCUCAACCAGAAACCAUGGCAAAAACAGCCUUCCUCUUCCUCUUCACCACGCUACUCGUUACCUCCUCUCUCGCUGAAGCUCCCUCCGGUUCCCCCGCCGCCACUCCCACCACUUCGUCGCCACAAGCCUCAGCUCCCAAAGCUUCUCCAUCCACCGCCCCCAAAGCUUCUCCUCCCAACGCCGCUGCCCCCACCGCCACCAACGCCUCUUCUCCCACCGCCACCGACGCCUCUUCUCCCACCGCCACCAACGCCUCUCCUCCCACCGCCACCAACGCCUCUUCUCCCACCGCCAGCAGCUCCACUUCUCCCGCCUCUGCCCCCACCGCUACCCCACCAAAGGCCUCCACUUCUCCGACGUCUUCUCCGGCGUCUUCUCCACCGUCUCCUUCCACCUCCACCUCCGCCGAAUCCCCAACCGAAUCCUCAACAGAAUCUCCCCCUGCUCCCGACGCCGCCGAUUCCCCCGAUUCCGCUGUUGCCUCCAGUCCCGCCGUCUCCAGCGAUGGACCCGCGGGCGGUCCCUCUGCAGAUUCUCCCGUGAGCGUCGCUUCCCACCGCAGAGUCUCGACCGCCGGAUUUGUGGCCGUGGUGUUGUUUGGCGCAGUGGCCGGGUUGGUGUAGAAAUCCGUGAGUUUUGCAUGGUUAGGGUUUAUUUUUAUCGUUGGUACGAGGUUGUGUGGAGUUGGAAUUAGAAAGACAGCGAAGAUUUGUUUUUAUUAUUGUGAUUCUUAUUAACCUCAUUUUGAUAGUGACUUUUGGGAGAUCUUGAAUAGGGUUCAUGUACUCUCUGAAACUGAU